AUGCACAACGAAUUAAGGGCUAAAGAGGCAGUUAGUGCCACUUAUAUGAUUAAAUUAGCGUAUGACUACUCUUUAGAAGGAUAUGCAGCGAACUGGGGAAUGAAAUGCAUGAAUGGCCAAUUUCAACAUUCCCCACAAACCUGGCCGAACAGAGCUAGUCCUGGUGAAAAUCUGUAUGCAAGUAGUGUUGAUGUUUCGAAAUUAUCUUCUUGGGAUCCUUCAAGCGUAGUAAAAAGUUGGUGGGAUGAAAGAGAGCAUUUUAAUUGGAAAAUGGGGGGACCUGAAGGAGGAUAUCCUGUUGGACAUUGGACACAAGUUGUGAGGGCAGCAGCAAGUACUGUUGGGUGUGCUAUUAUUGUUAGAUGCCCUGGAUCUUGGAAAACUUACGUGAUUUGCCAUUAUGACUUUGGGAAUCUAGGUUAUAUUCCAUAUCCAAAUUUUAAACUGGACAAGAGUUUACCUCAGAAACCUUGUUCCCAAUGUCCAAGUGGCUAUAACUGUUGUGAAAAUAAUCUUUGUGUUGGAAUUAUUAACCCAAAAGUUCCUCCUCCUGGAGAAUUGCCAAUAAGAUCUGGUAAUGGUACUUGUAAUGACUAUAUGAAAAGACUAUGCAGUAUAAGGAACGGGGCGUGCCCUCAAUCGUGUCUUGAUUUGGAAUACCCACCUAUUAAGAAAGGUUUAAUUGUCCAGCAGUGUACCUGUAUUGAAGGAGAAUCUAUUUCUCCUACAAUGGCGUGGCAAUUUAAGUUGUGGUACAACCGUGGAAUUUGCUCAAGAGUUAAAGGAAAUGAUGGUUCCUCAUAUUCAAUGAAAGGCGUGAUUGAUUCUGGGGUUGCUGAAAUAGGAGCACAUGAUUUAGAUAUCGACGUUAGUUUUAAAAAUAGAAAUGAGAUAAAGAAAAUAAGUUCCAACAGGUUUGCAAGAGAUUUAAGUUUUAUCGAAGAUGAGCCUCAUAUUGAUAUAAAACAUGGCCCUGGACUGAUUGCAAACGGCUCAACUGAACAAGAUAACGAUGAGAACAGCAUUCCUACGAAAGGGGACAUAAAUUCUACCAGUGAUGUUGAACGUUUGACAAGUUAUUCGAAUAGUUUAGUAAAAAUCCGCAGUUUAUCUAACGGUGAAAAGGAAUAA